CAGUAGUUGCAAACAUUCAUCGUUACACAACUGUUAAAGUUUGUAGAUAAAUUAGUGGGGAGUAGAUCAGAUUACGUUUAUUUUUUAUUUUUUACUCAUCCUCUUAUUAAAAAUGUUAUUUAUGUGUGUGUGGCGACAGGUCGUUGCACAUUAAAGCAGCUUCUGCACUUCUCCUUAAAGAAUUCAUCUCAAAGGACCCAAAAGUGCUGGGUAGACUAAAACAUCCAAACAGUGCUCAAAGAAAAUAGGCUUUCAGACCAGAUGUCCUCCUCACCUUCCUCCAUCCCCUCUGUCCUCCUAAAUACGGGGGCUCAGAUGCCUAUUCUGGGUUUGGGUAUGUACAAGUUGUGGGGUCCUGAGGAUGUCUGCCGGGCCGUGGAUGCCGCUCUGGCUGCUGGUUACCGUGCCUUUGACAGUGCAGCCGUCUACAGGAAUGAAGCUGACUUGGGUCGAGCCCUGAGGGAGCUCCUGCCCAAAUAUGGCUUGACCAGAGAAGAUGUAUUCAUAACGAGUAAGCUGGGCCCAAAGGAUCAGGGUGAGAAAGCCAUGGAAGGAGCCCUCCACAGCCUGUCACAGCUGGACUUGGACUACAUUGACCUCUACCUGAUCCACUGGCCUGGCACACAGGGUCUGGUAGUGGCUGAUCAGCACAACCCGGGCAACCGAGCUCAGAGUUGGGCCACACUGGAGGAGCUGCAUGCCCAGGGGAAGCUAAAGGCCAUAGGAGUGUCCAACUACACACUAGCACACAUGAGAGAACUGAUACAGAGCUGCAAAAUACCACCUGCAGUGCUACAGGUAGAGUUUCACCCAAGGCUAUGCCAAACAGAGCUGAGGAGUGUGUGUGAGGAGUAUGGAGUGUGUUUCCAAGCCUACUCAUCAUUAGGGAGAGGAGAGCUGGUCACUGAUCCCACGGUUACGGAGGUAGCGAAGAACUGUGAGCGCACCCCCGCACAGGUGCUGUUGCGCUGGGCGGUGCAGCAGGGUGUCCCGGUCCUCCCCAAGUCCUCGAAUCCAGAAAGAAUAAAGGAGAACAUCAGGCUUUUUGACUUCACGCUGAGUGACGCAGACAUGGACAGACUGUCAGCUUUGGACUGUGGACACAAGUACUGCUGGGAUCCUUCAGAGGUGGCUUGAUAGACCACUAGUUGUCGUACAUGGUGUGUUUUUACUGCUGCUGUUCUUCAGCUCUGACUGGCAGUAAUGCAGUGGUAGGAAACCACUGCAGAGGACGUGGGAAAUUGGAGUUAAUUAAGUUUUUCUGGGUUAAUGUAUGCACUCUUAUGUGAGUUCAAUUAACAUCUUGAACACUGGCCAAUAAGUUGCCUUGUUUAUUGUGCCCCAUAUGAGAACCCUUCAGGCAGUAUUUAUAGAUUUGUUUUCUAAUGACCAAAUAAUAUCUUUCUGUUCUUGACAAAUCUGUCAGUGUGCUGUCAUUUUAAGACUAGUUUUUGUUCUUUAUAAUCUGUUGCCUCAUGCUGUUUAAUAACACGACUUACAAAGUA